AUGGCGCUAGAGGCUCUUGAUUAUUUCUUCCAGCAGCAGCAGCAAGAGUACUCUCCUUUCUUCACCCAAUUCACCUCCAAAGACCCACUCCACUCCUUCCUCGGCUCGACACCCAACUGGGCUUCCGAUUUCGACCACGGCGGCGGCGAUUGUUUUCUCGACCACCACAGAGAUGAUCCUCACAAUUGGGAAAAAUACUUCCUUACCCUUCCAUCCACUUCUUCCAUAAUGGCCGAAAAUGUCACCGUCGGGUCCCCUGAAUCCAACGGCGGAGGGAAUCCACCAUCACCUUCUUCCCCUGCUGCCACAGCGGAGGCAGAGGCUGUUCCGCGGCGCGGGAAGAAACCACGGCGGCAGGCGAGGAGCAGGAAAAACAGAGAGGAGUUGGAGAGCCAGAGGAUGACCCACAUUGCCGUCGAGCGUAACCGGAGGAAGCAAAUGAAUGACUACCUCUCUGUUCUUCGCUCCCUUAUGCCUGAUUCCUACGUUCAAAGGGGCGACCAAGCGUCGAUCAUCGGCGGGGCGAUUAACUUUGUGAAGGAGCUGGAGCAGAGGCUGCAACACUUGGGUGCCAUAAUACACCACAAAGAGACCAAACGGAAGUCGACAGAUCGAGAAGAUCAUCAGUCGCCGCCGUUUGCCGAGUUCUUCACCUUCCCGCAGUACAGUUCCUCCACCUCCUCUUCACCUCAAUGUCACGACGGCGGCAGUGGAAGGGUCGGUGACGUGGAGGUGACGAUGGUGGAGAGUCACGCCAGCGUGAGGAUUAGGUGGAGGAAGCAAGGGAGGCAGCUGCUGAGGCUGGUCGCCGGGCUGCAGAGCUUUCGCCUCUCUGUUCUUCACCUCAAUGUCACGACGGCGGCGGCGGAUGAGGAUGAUCGCCCAACUGUGCUCUACACUCUCAGCCUCAAGGUUGAAGAUGAUUGCAGGCUGAAUACAGUGGAUGAGAUUGCCACAGCUGUUUAUCAGAUGCUAGAUGGGAUUAGUCAUGAAGCUUAG